AUGCCUUCAAAAGUACCAACUGAGACUGAACAGAUUAUCAGUGCUCUCGAUGCGGUGGAGCCUGGGCUGUUUGGCGGAAAUGAGGUAGAGCGUCUCAAGGUACGCGCAGCAGCUCGCCGUCUGCUCGCCAGGGUGGAAACGCCUUACGAGCGCGCAUGGGGUUUCUGCUUUGAACACCCUGCUGUCUUUGCUGCUUUACAGACCUGCAUUGAUGUAGGCCUAUGGAAAUCUUGGACUGGCGUGGGAGGUGGCAAGAAGACCAUCAACGAGCUAGUGGAGCUCACUAGUCCAACUGUGGAUACAAAUUUGCUGCGUCGCCUUUUCCGUUUACUGGCCGCGUUUAAUGUAGUUGAGGAGACAUUGGAAGACACAUUCAAACCAACUCCCUUUUCAUACGCCAUUGGUGACGAAAGUACCAAAGUUCGAGCAUCCAUACAAGCAGCCACAAAUCAAUAUAUUGCUGCCGGUCACAAUCUGCCGAGAUAUUUAGCUCAGAUCUCCUACAGGGAGCCGACUGAUUUUGUUGAAAACAACCAUUCAGCCAGCGACCCAGAUGGAUUGAACUUCUUUGGAAGACUGCAAAAGAGCCCCGAUUGCUUUGAGGCCUUCACUGGUCACAUGGAAGCCUGGACAUCAUGGAAGACCCCCUGGACUAAGGUGUACGACACCACUCGUCUGCUUGAUGGCGCUAAGCUGGACGAUGGCUCGCCACUAGUAGUCGAUGUUGGCGGAAACACCGGAAUCGACAUCUCACACGUCCUUGCCAAGCACCCUGACAUUCCCGCUGGGGCGCUAGUCCUGCAGGAUCUCCCGGAGAUUAUUGCCAACGCACAGGUUGAUGAGAAGAUUACGGCCAUGGCCCAUGACUUCUUCUUGCCACAGCCUGUCAAACGGAGUCGUGCUUACUUUAUGCAUGCUGUUCUUCACGAUUGGCCAGAUGACAAGGCCACGCAGCUGCUGGAGAAUACCAAAAAUGCAAUGGUAAAGGACUACUCUAAGCUUUUCAUCUACGACAUUGUUCUUCCACCAACUGGAGCUAGUAUUAGUCAAACAACUAUGGACGUGGAGAUGAUGUCGUUGCUAUCCGCUUCCGAGCGUACACAAGAUGCGUGGACGAAGCUGUUGACUGAUGCCGGUUUGAAGAUUGUCAGAUUCUGGCCUGAUCCCCAAGAGUAUGAGAUGGUCAUUGAAGCAGAAAUUGCAUAG